UGUAUGCCCUCAGCUCCUUUGUCAAAGAUAAGCUGUCCAUAGAUGUGUGGUUUUAUUUCUGGGCUUUCAAUUUUGUUCCAUUGAUCUGUGCACCUGUUUUUGUACCAGUACCAUGCCUUGGCCUUCUCCCGGCCAACAGGGUGGCCAGUGUUUCUGAGGAGCAGGGGGCGACGAUGCCUCUGGAUGCCAGGGUUUGUAGAGUGCAGCCGGCCUUCUCCCCUCAGGCGAUGAGUUCGACUGGAGCCUCCACAACUAGUGUCCCUGCGCAGAGAAGGCUGAGUAGUGCAGCACUUGUGCGAGCAGGCAGUUAGGCUGGUGCCCCAGAAGGUGUGAGCCCCACGCCUCUUUGGCUGUUUUCCCAGACUCGGGAGAGCAUCCUGGGCUGAGGGCCUCCCGAUCGGGGAGACGUGGCCCGCUGGCUCAGGAAAGCCAGGCCGGCGCUUUCACGAGACACCGCCUGAGGUCUCCUGGCAGAUUGCUCUUCCCGUCUGCCGUUGUCACACUGAGGAUGUGGAGGUCCCUGGGCUGGGACUGGACACUGGAUUCCCAAGGGUCGAGUGGGGAUCUGCUUAGUGUGACUGGCCCCGUGCGAAUUUCUUUCAAGGCCAACACACCGAUCCGGAGGACGAGGGGGGCCAGGACCGCGUGUAUUGCAGGUAACUCGGAAGAAUCCCGGGACUCCAUUGGAAGGGGCCAUCUGGGCAUCUCCGAUCUAGGGAAUUCAGCAAUUGCUGACUAUCCCCGUUUCCCCCAUGCACGCAACCACCAAGUGUCCCUUUCCAAGAGUGCUCUGUGUUUCUCCCCGUGGUCCUCAGAUGGGCCAAUUCCAUGAUCUCUCUCCAGCUUGGUCACGUGCAGUCAGUUGCCAGAGGUGUGCUCAUCUGUCAGCGGAUGGCGUGCACUCUCCCGUUCUCUCUUUGUUCUGUCACCCAGCGGAGGACGCAUGUCUGCCUCUGCCCGGUUGCCGUUCCCACGGUGGCGGCUAUUUCCCGGCCAGGACAGUCAUUCGUGACCAAAGUCCGCAUCGUGCCCCAGUAGGGAGAGAAGCAGACCUUGCAGCUUCCAGAUUUCUAGGAGUCGACAGUGGUGCCAGAGCCUGGCAGGGUUCACUUGGCAGCUGUCUGUGCAUUUCCACCAACUGGAUGCAAGAGUGUUGACGCCGCCUUUAGGGUCCUCUGAGUGUGUGGGUGUGUGAUGACUCUUGUGGAGUGCAGGCGCUCGUUCUCCUUGCUCAAGAGCUCAUUUUCUGCUCGGUGCUCUGAGCAAGCUCUGCUCGCUCUCUCCUCCUCUGUCUCUGUCUGUGUGUCUGUCUCUCUCCCUCUCUAUCUCUGUGUCUUUCUCUGUCUGUCUCUCUGUCUCUGUCUCUGUCUCUCUCUUUCUCUCCUCGGCUCACGCUGGAUAGCUCGCUCUCUCGCGCUCUCUGACUCUCUCCCUGCGCACCCCACCCCCCCGGCCCUCUCUGUCUCUGUCUCUGUCUUUUUCCAGCUCUCUCUCCUCUUCCCACUUCAACUGCGCCCUGGCCCCAGCCAGAGGAGGAUUGUGUGAUCUCCCUGGCUGAGCCCUACCCAUUGCUCUUCUGUGAGCAGACCCUUCCACCUUCCAGGGAAAGCAGCUCUAGGAAUGUGUGUUUCCCAAAGCCGCUUGUUUCCACUUGUGCCCUCCCUCCCCCCACAGGCUCAGCAGGGAUGUGCCACCCACGGUCGAGCAUCCGCUCCUGAGAGCGUGCCUGAAGGACUACUUCUGGACAUGUGCCAUGGAUGUCGGCCAGUCCGCGUCCUGCUGGACUCAGUCGAGCAGUGCCGUCUUCUGCUUCCAGGGCCUGGCCGUCUCCUCCCUGGCAGACACCCCCAGCCAACACACCGAUCCGGAGGACGACGGGGGCGUCCAAGACGGCCUGUGUUGCUGGUAAUUCGGAAGAAUCCCGGGACUCCGUUGGAAGGGGCCAUCUGGGCAUCUCCGAUCGAGGGAAUUCAGCAAGUGCUGACUAUCCCCGUUUCCCCCAUGCACGCAACCGCCAAGUGUCCCAUUCGCAGAGUGCUCUGUGUUUCUCACCGUGGUCUGCAGAUGGGCCGAUUCCGUGAUCUCUCUCCAGCGUGGUCACGGGCAGUCAGAUGCCGGAGGUGUGCUCAUCUGUCAGCGGAUGGCGUGCGCUCUCCCGUUCUCUCUUUUUUCUGUCACCCCCCGGAGGAUGCAUGUCUGCCUCUGCCCGGUUGCCGUUCCCACUGUGGCGGCUAUUUCCUGGCCAAGACAGACAUUUGUGACCAAAGUCCGCAUCAUGCCCCAGUAGGGAGAGAAGCAGAACUUGCAGCUUCCAGAUUUCUAGGAGUCGACAGUGGUGCCAGAGCCAGGCAGGGUUCAUUUGGCAGCUGUCUGUCCAUUUUCACAUUUCGUUUUUAUUUUCUCUUUCUGUCUCUCGGAUACCAAGAUAUCUGAAACUAAGAAUAGAUAUUACUGAUUUGAAAGAAUCCACGUCACAAAAAGUACCAUUUUCACUUGAUGAAAAAAAUCUAAAACAGCAAAUCAAUUUAAAACCCAAAAAGAACAGUGAAGGGAUCCUAUGCUGAAGAUCAAGAUCACAACCACAAAGCACUCUCCAAAGUUUUUACUGCAAAGGCUGGUUUGAUGGGAAAAAUCCCAGCCCUUCAGGUUCCAAUUGUGCUGAGUCACUGAGGAGACCCACACAUGGUUAUGAGAGACCUUAACCCUUGCUGCUCUCAGUUCCCAUCGUGCACAUCAGCAGAAUCAGGAGCAACUGGCAGAAGACAACAUGACAGACCGGGCGUUCUGUGCCACCCGCUGGGCUGUGCGAGGAGCAGACAGCACUAACUAUGCAGUGCUCUUGCUGACAACGUUUAACCUGAAUUCAGUCAUGAGGUAGUCCUGAGACAAGUGCAGAAUUUAGACCACUGCACAAGACAACUGGCCUCACCUCUACAAACAAGGCAACGUCACCACAAAUGAGAUAACAAAAAGGAGAAGAGACUUUUGGAGUUCUAAACGACUAAAAAGAUUUCUUUAGUCCUUUAGAUCCAAAAGCCUCUCCUCACCUUUUGUUGUUUUUUGUGGCAGUGACAUUGCCUUGUUUGUAGAGGUCAGGACAGUUGUCUGGUUCAAUGGUCUACAUUGUGUACUGGUCUGACCACUUCCUCAUGACUAAGCUCAGGCCGACCCUCUUGCCAAGACCCCUACGUAGUUAGUGCUGGGUGCUUCCUAGUGGAGCCCACCUGGAGACCAAGAAUGUCCGGUGUGUCCACCUCUGUGACUGCCGUACUAGCAUGGGUCACGUUGUCAUGGAGGGGCCUACGAGAUCUGUUCAUUGUAAGGGCACAUUUUUUCCUUUCUGCAAUUAAUAAGUAAUUUAGUGAGUGGUACUUUGAGAGUGUGUGAACAUCCUCUUUUCUAAAGAUCUUUCUCUAAAAAUUUUACCAUCCAUUAAUGACCCCUCCUUUGUGUCAAUUAUCAUAAUCGUAUUUGUACAUUGAAAAUUUUCUAAUUUGUUCUUUCCUAUAAACUUGUAUUUGCUGGCAUUGUGCCCUGAAAAAGCACAUUACCUCCCCCUUCCAUAGCAUUAAACUUUUGUUUUGACUAUCA